UUCUUCCCCAAACUGUUGUCUAGAAUAACUUUGUAUGCUGUGGCAUUAAGAUUUCCCUCCACUGGAACUAAGAGGCCCAAACAUGUUCCAGCAUGACAUUGCUUCUGUAUACAAAGCGAGCUCCAUGAAGAACUCGAAUGACCUGCGCAGAGCCCUGAGCUCAACCCCACUGAACACCUUUGGGAUGAACUGGAAUGCAGACUACAUGCCAGGUUUCUCACCUGACAUCCAUGCCUGACCUCACUAAUGGUGUGGAAAAACCAGUGAGUGCCAGUUCUGUGGGUGGAAACACCUUGUUGAUAAGAGGGGUCAGAGGAAAAUGGCCAGAUUGGUUCAAGCUGCCAGGAAGGAUAUAGUAACUCAAAUAAUCACUCUUUACAACUGUGGUGAGCAGAAAGGCAUCUCAGCAUGCACAACACAUCAAACCAUGAGGUGGAUGGGCUACAACAGCAGAAGACCACACUGGUUUACACUCCUGUCAGCCAAGAACAGGAAUCUGAGGCUAUCACUGGAUAGUUCAAGAUUAGGAGAAAAAAAAGAACUAAUAUAUAUACAUACAUUCACACACUCUGUAUGUAUGUAUGUAAAGGAAGGUCACAUUGCUGACAAAAGUACAUUCAGUUAUAGCCACAUUUAAACUUAGGUUAGAGGUAUUUCUAGCUAUUUAUGGGUUGUAUUACAAGUUAUAUCUUCAUUUAUGCCUUGUGCUGUUUUCCCGAAACAAGCAGCAUCCUGCAAAUUGUUGCUUACAUCCAGGAUGACGCCAUUUCCUGCUUGUACACGAUAAAAACCAAUUCGACUAUAAAAGACUUUAGUUUGAUCUAAGAUACAAAUCAAUGCCUGUACUGAUAAAAAUCCACACAAAUUACCCGGAUGAGACGCCUGGCUCUGAUUCGUUCAGGCAACCUCCGUGUGGAUAUGUGAAAAAAAAUAAAAUAAAAAAAAUAAAACACACUAGAGACAAACAAGUAUAUUCUGACACCUAAACCGCUCAUCUUCCCAGAUCAGAAAACAAAACAAGCUUCUAGUUAACGGUAUAUUUCGGUAAUGACGCAAUGCCCAGGUCGGCUCUCUAUUGGCUGAAGCGUUUGUUUAUUUUUACAGCAUUGACUAGUUUGGUUUCACUCGCAACCUGUCAAAGCUAAAGACGGACCGCUAUGAGGAGAUAAAAACGCUGUGAAGCCUCUAACAAAUUAUUGCCGUUCUCUCUAAAACAAGACUGCUUUGUGCUUGGGAGCACUGGUAUGAUUCAUUGUGUUGCUUGCGCAAGGAAAACAUUUGAAAAAUCCAGUACAGAUCAUCCAGUUUGCCUGGCUCAGCUGCUUCACCUGCAUCCACAAGUACUGAAUUCUCAAACAAACUCACAGACUCCAGGUUGUCCAGGUUGGGCAAAGCCUUGCCCGUGGCCCCACAACGCCCCAGCGGCGGCCCACGCUGAGUGUUGGCGUGCAAUGGCGCGGCGGGACACUGAUAGUUGCCGCUGUGGACUGUGAUGUCAGAGCCCAGCAGCCCGGGCGAGAGCCAGCGUGGCGCUCCCAAAUUCUUCGUGGGCUGCGACGAGGAUGAGAGCGAGGGCCUGGACAGCUACGGCAGCAUGAGGACAGACAUGGAGCUGUACGAGGAUUACCUGGAGGCAGACUCGCCUCCAGAGCGUCAGAUCGUGGUGGGGAUCUGUUGUAUGAUGAAGAAGUCCAAGUCUAAGCCCAUGACGCAGAUACUGGAGCGUCUGUGCAAGUUUGAGUACAUCACUGUGGUCAUCUUCCCCGAGGACGUCAUACUCAACGAGCCAGUGGAGAAAUGGCCCCUCUGCGACUGCCUCAUCUCCUUUCACUCGAAAGGUUUCCCAUUAGAUAAGGCUGUGAGUUACGCCAAACUCCGUAAUCCACUGCUGAUCAACGACCUUAAUAUGCAGUACUACAUACAGGACAGGAGGGAGGUGUAUCGCAUCCUGCAGGAAGAAGGAAUCGACCUACCCCGCUACGCUGUGCUGAACAGGGACCCGGACAAACCUGAAGAGUGUAAUCUGAUUGAGGGGGAGGACCAUGUGGAGGUGAACGGCGAGAUCUUCCCCAAACCCUUUGUAGAGAAGCCAGUCUCAGCAGAAGAUCACAAUGUGUAUAUCUACUAUCCGACCUCAGCUGGUGGAGGCAGCCAGCGCCUCUUCAGGAAGAUUGGGAGCCGGAGCAGUGUCUAUUCCCCUGAGAGCUGCGUCAGAAAGACAGGCUCCUACAUCUAUGAAGAAUUCAUGCCUACAGAUGGCACGGAUGUGAAGGUAUACACAGUAGGGCCUGAUUAUGCUCAUGCUGAGGCUCGUAAGUCUCCUGCUCUGGAUGGCAAAGUUGAACGAGACAGUGAGGGAAAAGAGGUACGCUACCCUGUUAUGCUCACUGCUAUGGAAAAACUGGUGGCUCGGAAAGUGUGCCUGGCUUUCAAGCAAACAGUGUGUGGAUUUGACCUCCUCCGGGCCAACGGACACUCGUAUGUGUGUGACGUCAAUGGCUUCAGCUUUGUGAAGAACUCUAUGAAAUAUUACGACGAUUGUGCCAAGAUACUUGGGAACAUUGUGAUGAGGGAGCUGGCUCCCCAGUUCCAUAUUCCCUGGUCUAUUCCCACCGAGGCAGAGGACAUUCCUAUAGUCCCUACCACAUCCGGCACCAUGAUGGAGCUUCGUUGCGUGAUCGCGGUGAUCCGCCAUGGAGACCGAACACCAAAACAGAAGAUGAAAAUGGAAGUCAGAAAUCCCAUGUUUUUUGAGCUGUUUGAAAAGUAUGGGGGUUACAAAACCGGCAAGCUGAAGCUGAAGAAACCCAAACAACUGCAGGAAGUGCUGGACAUUACCAGGCUGCUGUUAGCGGAUCUGGGGCAGCACAGUGACUGUGAGAUCGAAGAGAAGAAGUCGAAACUGGAGCAGCUUAAGACGGUGCUGGAGAUGUAUGGCCAUUUCUCUGGGAUAAACAGGAAAGUGCAGCUGACUUACCUUCCCCAUGGGCAGCCUAAGACUUCCAGUGAGGAAGAAGACACACGUAAUGAAGGUCCAUCCUUGCUGCUGGUGUUAAAGUGGGGAGGAGAGUUAACACCAGCAGGGCGAGUACAGGCAGAGGAGCUGGGUCGUGCCUUCCGCUGCAUGUACCCUGGAGGACAAGGGGAUUAUGCUGGCUUUCCUGGCUGCGGCCUACUUCGACUCCACAGCACCUAUCGCCAUGACCUCAAGAUCUACGCCUCCGAUGAAGGCAGGGUGCAGAUGACUGCAGCUGCCUUUGCUAAGGGGUUGUUGGCGCUGGAGGGCGAGCUGACACCCAUUCUGGUGCAGAUGGUGAAGAGUGCUAACAUGAACGGCCUGCUGGAUAAUGACCUAGACUCACUGAGCGGCUGCCAGCAGCGUGUUAAAGCCAGGCUUCAUGAGAUCAUGCAGAAAGAUGAAGACUUCACUGAGGAAGAUUUUGACAAGCUGGCACCAACAGGCAGCCCCUCUAUGGUGAACUCUAUGAAAGCUGUUGAAAAUCCAGUGAGAACAUGUGACAAAGUGUACAGCCUCAUCCAGAGCCUCAUUUGCCAAAUCCAAAAGAGACUUGAAGAUCCCAAAUCUGCAGAUCUGCAGUUGUACCACAGCGAGACUUUGGAGAUGAUGCUGCAGCGCUGGUCUAAACUGGAGAGGGACUUCUACAUGAAGAAUGGACGCUACGACAUCAGCAAGAUCCCAGACAUCUAUGACUGUGUGAAGUAUGAUGUUCAGCACAACAGUUCCCUGGGCCUGGAGGACACUGUGGAAUUGUUCACCCUGUCACGAGCGCUGGCAGACAUCGUCAUACCACAGGAAUAUGGCAUUAACAAGAUGGAGAAGUUGGAGAUAGCAUAUGGCUACUGUCUGCCUCUGAUCAAAAAGAUCCAGCUGGACCUGCAGAGGACUCACGAGGACGAGUCUGUCAACAAGCUCCAUCCACUGUAUUCCCGUGGUGUGCUGUCACCAGGCAGGCAUGUACGGACACGACUGUAUUUCACCAGCGAGAGUCACGUCCAUUCACUGCUUAGCAUCUUCCGCUAUGGAGGCUUGCUGGACGAGGACAAUGACCAGCAGUGGAAGAGGGCCAUGGAUUAUCUAAGUGCUGUGCCCGAGCUCAACUAUAUGACCCAGAUAGUUAUCAUGCUAUAUGAGGACAACAACAAGGACCCCUCCUCAGAAGAGCGCUUUCAUGUCGAGCUGCAUUUCAGCCCUGGAGUUAAAGUGUGUGAAGAGGAGAACGCACCAAUGGGCUUCGGCUUCCGUCCUGCUUCUUCUGAGAAUGACCAGAAGCAGACAGAUCCUGGAAGUUUGGAGAACCUUGUGCGGGAUGAACCAGAUCGAGCGUUACCUCUAUCUGAAUCAGCAGGCACUCAGCGUAGAUCCCCUCUGACUCGAAACCGCAAGACUAGCUCCAUGGAGGUUCUGUCAGAGACUUCUUCCUCUAAAGCAGCCAGCUAUCGCCUUUUCCCCUCAUGCUCACGUCAGUCUCCGGAGAUGAAGCAGAGUGGAUUAGGCUCUCAGUGUGCAGGCCUCUUCAGCACCACUGUUCUUGGGGGGUCCUCUAGUGCCCCCAAUCUGCAGGAUUAUGCCCGCACACACCGCAAAAAAUUCUCCUCUGGCAGUUUGACCUAUAAAGAUGAGUUGUUGUCUAUGCCGGCAGUAAAGCGAUUUUCUGUGUCGUUUGCAAAGCAUCCGACUAAUGAGCCGCUGGAGGAACAGCAGGUAGCCCAGCUGCUCCGGCGCUUCUCCACAGACCCAAAUAUUCGCCACCCGCUCUUUCUGGACAGCACUCUGGCCCACCACCUCCACCAGUGCUACUACCACCUGCGCCUCUUCCGAAACUGGCUAAUCUCCGGCCAGGACCCCUUAGAGUACCUAUACGGAUUUGAAGGCUGCUCCAUGGUGCCGUCUAUCUACCCACUGGAGACGCUGCACAACUCGCUCUCACUCAAACAGGUGGACGAGUUCCUGACGGCAGUGUGUGAAAACGCAGGGGACUCACACACCAGAACCACUAGAGCUCUCUCAGCUAUGUUUGACUCUCAGAACCAGCCCUCGGUGGACUCGUAUAUUCCUCAGAGAGUGCUGUCCUCCUCUGCGUCUCUACGCCAACGCUCCGAGCGUCCUCCCUGGUAUAGCAGCGGUCCUUCCAGCACGGUGUCUAGCGCAGGUCCCUCGUCUCCCAUCACGGCGGACAUCUCUCCUCGUUUCAGCUUCAGUGAGAAAGCAACUCUUACACCGCAGAGCAGUGAGGAGAUCCACUCGUCCUCCCAUGUUGCCAGCCAGCCUGCUUUUCCAUCCUCCUCCUGUCUUCCUGAAAGCCCUCCUUCUGACCCAAGCUUUGUCAAUGACCCCCAAUCCCAAAGUCCAGACAGACCUAGUGACCUCACCAUGGACAGCACAGCAUCUACAGACUCACCACUUCCAGACGGCCCGGAAUGUGAACAUGCCGAGGAUGCUCAGAGUCAUGCUGAAGCCGAAACAGACCCCAGUCCUCCCUGCUCUCCUCAAGCUGAACUCAGCAUGGCCAGGGAGUCCUUCUCUAACCUGCCCGGAUCUGUGUCUGUGUCUGUGCCAGGCUCUUUGCCCGUGCUCGUGGAGCUGCGCGAGAGCAGUUCAGAGGCUGGCUCUAGUACCCAGACUCCCCUAAGCCCCGAAGAGCCUGAAGAGUUCUUCAACGCCCAGGAGACAGUGGAGGUGGACAUGUGGAGGAACGGCACACGGAGCCUCCCUCACCCCGGCACUCCUGUAGAGGUUGGCGCUCCACAUGCAUCUGAGUCCUGAAGACGAUCGCCCUCUCCACACACAGCUUGCAUGCUAAUCCAUGCUAAUCCAUUCUGGUGCCUCGGUGACUUCAUGUUAAAUGCGGUACACCUACUGUAGGUCUCUAAAUGCUGCCGGUCAGGAGGUAAAACAGUAAAAACAGACAUUGUGGAAGUAGAGGCUACGUGUCCUGUUGUAGCCUCCUUCUGAAAUUCUGCAUAUCAUUUGUUUCAGUGUAAAGUCUUAGUGCUCCUCUCAGAAUUAACCAAACCACGGAUUUCCCCAUUGGCUUGGUGUCACAUUGAAACCUUUACUUGCCUGUGACUGUCUGUUAAUGUGGCUAUACGUGCAAUAUAAAUGGACAGUGACCAAGUGAUCAACUCUGUAAGGCGCACUGAAUCCGUGCUGUUUGUUUUUUUUGAGCAUCUUUGCCAUUUCCAACAGAAAACCCACCUUUUUUUUGGUUGGAUAUUGUUAUUAAAUUACAUCAGCACCUAGUACUUUAUUGAUAAAUCUGUAUUGAUGCAGUUGGCUGCUAUUUUGCCUACAUUUGACAGGCCACAUUUUAUUGCAAGUUUAUUUUUCUUACCUAAUACACAGCAUGGACAAGAACAGAAGACUGAUAUUGUAGCCUACUGACAAUUUUUAUUUAUUUCAUUUUUUCCUGCCAAAGCUUUCAAUACCACAAUCAUAACUUAUUAAAUCAUAAGGAACUACAUAUCUAUGUACUAUACAUAUAUUUAUCAACUAAUGCAAAGCAUAUUCUUAAUAUAGAAACAUGAAAAAAUUCUCAUCUUUUAUCAAUUUUAUAUUUUUCUAAAAACAUACAGUACCACCACAGUUUGGACUAAGGAGAAAUCUCACAGCGAGUUCAGGUUUAUUUCCCUCUAGCUUUGUAGCUUUCAGCUCUUAAAUAAAAAAAAUGCUCCUUUUCUACCAUAGACACAUGUGCUCGCUUAUCUCAGCUGACAUUUCUGACAUUUUAUUUGUUGUUUUUACUGUACAGUACAAAGCUUACCAAUGAAAUAAAAUAUUAUUUAAUGUCACUCAGUAAAUAUGUUGCUGCUCAGAUGUUUGCACUGUAAAAUGCUAUAUUGACUAUUGACCCAAGCAGAUGAAUAGUCGACAUAAAAGGAGGAAUAGUGAUUAAGUGCAUUUCUUGUUGAUUUGUAUCUGAACUAUAGAUGGUGCACAUUAAUGUGGCGUAUAAAAUGUCUGACGAGUUUUUCUACUUUGACUGACCUAUAUGUUUGUCUAAUACUACUAUUACACCAUUGUAUACAGAAACUGCAGAAGGGCAAUCAACUGGGAAAACGUUUAUUUGCUGUACUGACAUUUCUUUGUAACAUCCCAGUAGUAAUUUCCACAGAUGUAAUGUAUUAUAACCUGAGGGAGAUUAUUUUUGAAUUAAUGUUUAUUUGUUUCAUAAUCACUGACAUAUUAAACCAUUUUAAUGACAUUCUAACUGCAGAGGUGUAGUGCUGCUGGUGCUAUGUUUGCAGUCGGUGUAGUCUUUAUAUAUAAGUGGCAUUUUCAGUGUACCAGACAUUGUUCUGAAUAAAAGUUGAUGUAUGCUA